AUGUUUUCUUUUAACUUCCGUAUCAUUCCAAUCACAUACGUUUUGAAUCUUUUCAAAAUUGUUGGCGAUGAUGAUGGGGGUGUCAUGAUGUCACCUGAGGACUUUGAAGAUUACCAGAGAAGAGUUCUGCCAAUGCGUCUGAAGAACCGCCUGUAUGUCAGCUGGUAUUCUCCGCCGACUGGUAUCGACUGCAAGCUGGUUGGCCCAGCGACGCCAUGCUUCUGUACUCACAGAUAUAAGCAACACAAAACAGACUUUGAAACAAUCCCGGAGGCCCGCCCCAUCCUUCAGCCGUGCAAAAUCCGUGGCUGCCGCUGUAACUCGUACAGCUACGUCCCGCUGAAUGGCUCUCAACCAAUCAGGUGCGGCUGUAAACAUUACCCCGACGAACAUUCGGAGACGAAUCUCAUGAAGUGCAAGAAGUCCUUUACGGAAACGUAUUUUGGUACGAAACUUCACACGUUUAUAGAAAAGAUCAACGAGAAUGUGUUCAAAUGCCCUCAUAACAAUGAGUUCAAUGGAAUUUGGAGGAGUUAG